UCGUAUCCUUUUGUUACAAAAGUUCCGUGCCCUCAUCAAUGCGAUUAAUUCUUUCCGUUCAGAUUAUCAAUGGCGCGAUAUGUAUCGGAAAGUCGAGGUCCACGACCUGAAAUGUACAACGAAGACUAUAAAUUGGUUGAAAACGAAGACGAAGAUAUCCAACAAGAUAUAUUUAACGAUAUUAAAGCAGCUGAUGAAUCCGGUUGGGGUCUUUCAUCGCGGUGGAUGGUUGAGAAUUUAUCUACAUCAAACAAUUCCCAAAUUUACGACAUAAACUUUAUUCGAGCAUCGAGCAUAUCACCAGUUGAUCUUAACUCAUUUCUUUACGGAGCGUUUUUACGCCUUUCUAGUAUGUAUCUUAUCCUCGAAGACUUAGAAAAACGUAGUUAUUGGUACGAAUUAGCUCGCGAUAUGAAAAAAACAAUUCAAUUAGUGUUAUGGGAUGAAAAAGAUGGGAUUUGGUACGAUUACAAUUUAGAUUCUCAACGACCGAUUAAAAAAUACUCAGCGAGCAAUUUAACGCCUCUUUGGGUCGAAGCCUACAACGAUAGUUUAUGUUUAAAAGCGAAACAAGCGUUUAGGGCCGCUUCGUAUUUGGUUAGAUUGGGUAUCAAUAAAUUCGAAGGGGGCAUUCCGGCUACUUUGGAGAAUACGGGGGAAAAAUGGGAUUUUCCCAACGCUUUCGCGCCGAUUCAAUCGAUGAUAGUGCAAGGGUUGGCGAGAUCUGGAAGUGAGGCGGCUGCAUUUUUAGCCGAACAAUUUGCUCGCGAUUGGAUUAAAGCUAAUAUGAUCAGUUGGAAACAACGAGGAGUUCUUUUCGAUUAUUACGACUCUGAAAGGCCGGGAAAAACCAAUCAAGGGGUUGAUAAAAAAUUUGGGGGGGUUAAUGGUGGAUGGUCAAGUGGUGUCUUAUUGGAAUUUAUUAACACUUAUUAUGUUAUGAUGAAUAAAAAUUCUAGUUUUAUGAUUGUUACUUGAAA